AUGCACAUGAUAAGAAUGAACCACACGACUCGGUUAACACCGUUUUGUAUUCGAUUGAUACCAGUUUUCGCAGUGAUUAUUCUGGUGUUGAUCACGUUUACACUAUUCAAAACUAGCGGAAUCGAAAAAUAUCAAGAACGUACCAACUCCCCAUACACUUAUCAAAACUAUCCUCGUCCAGGAUUCUCUGAGCCCGACUUGAAUGAGUACAGUGUGAAAACUCAUAAAGGGUACGUCCCGCUGAGUGAGUUGAAUGAGAAGGUCUAUAAACCAUUCGGUUACGCUAUUUCUAAGCCGACCCUCCCCGUUCCAACACUUCGAAUGCUCAAUGAGCCGACUUGUGAUCUUGUUUUUGCUGAAUGGCUCCGAAUUUCUCAGGAGCCGCAAACAGAUAUUCCACAAAAAGAGAUUCCAAUCAGACAGACGGAGCAGUUUUUGUUAAAUGGAUAUGCAGCACUGGAUUCUUGGUACUUCAAUGACAAGAACGCAGUUGGAGGUGACAAACCAAGGAACUGGAAUAGAAUUUCAGACUUGAUGACAUAUACAAAAACCCAGUUAGCUGAUCUAGCGUAUCCAGUAGAGUCGGUUUCGAUGUACCACGCAAUGGCUGAAAAUCGAUUAGAUAAUUUGACAGGUUUUAUUGUCGGAUCGAUGCAACCGUGGGUAGAAGUUAUGGCUUUGAAACAUGGAGCUAAACAAAUUUUGACAGUUGAGUACAAUCCCUUGACUAUUCAACAAGAGUAUCAGGACAGGCUAACGUCGAUUCUCCCAGUAGAAUUUGUCAGGAAUUGGCAAGACUACGCCGGGACCUUUGACUUUGCCGCAUCCUUCUCCUCAAUUGAGCAUUCGGGGUUGGGAAGAUACGGAGAUCCUAUGGAUCCAAUUGGUGAUUUGAGAGAGAUGUUAAAGAUCAAGUGCAUGCUGAAAAAAGGAGGACUUCUCUUCCUCGGUGUCCCAUUUGGAACGGACGCUAUCCAAUUCAACGCUCAUCGCAUCUAUGGAUCAAUACGUUUAGCCAUGAUGUUCUACGGAUUUGAGUGGUUAGGAACAUAUUCUGGAGAGGAGGAGAAGGCGUUUGACUUCACUUCGGCACGUCUACAUUUUAAAGGAAUCUUCGGGUUGACUCAGUAUACGAUGGUGUUGAGGAAGCUCUGA